AUGGAAGCGAAGCAGCAAAGAAGUGAUGCUCCGCCACCGCUGUAUGGCCGGAGAUGGAGCAGCGAACCUCGAACUACUACCACUGCGCUACCACCUCCCUCCGUUUCUUCAGCUUCAUCCUCUCCCGUCACCGCUGCUGCUGCUCCUACUCAUUCUCGUUCCUCUUCUGUGACCUCCAUUUCCACCAUUAAGCGGAAUCAGAACUAUGCUGCCAAAGCUGCCGCUCAGCGCCUCGCUCAGGUUAUGGCUUCUCAAGCAGCUUCAGACGACAUUGACGGCGAUGACAUUGAUGACUACCGCAACGGUGGCACCGACUUUGAUCUCGACUUCAGAUUCGGCGCUCCUCUGCCUCCUCCGAGACCGCAUCCGAGAAAUGUGGUCAGCUCUAACGGCAUUAAUGGAAGUGAUGCUGCUAGUUUGAGGCCUUCUGGCGUCACGUCCACAAAGAUCAAUAGAUCUUCUUCAACUGAGCUAACUCGCAAUAUACUGGAAGAUACUUCUUCAAAUCGGUCAGCAUCAACUGGAAGACCGUCCAUGUCCAUUCGCACGACACCAUCCGUACCACUUGCAAAACCAUCACUUAAGACUGCAGCUCCAAUACCACCACUUGACCCUCCUACUAGCAAGCCGAGGGAGAAAAGGUUUUCACCCGAUCUUGGCCAAUUGAACAUAAAAGGUGCAGGAGAUCCACGCGAGGCAUCUGCAUUGCAUGACGAGCUAGAUAUGCUACAAGAAGAAAAUGAGAGUCUUCUUGAAAAGCUGAGGGUGGCAGAAGAGAGUUGUGAGGAAGCAGAAACUAGAGUUAAGGAACUUGAGAAGCAGGUUGCUGCUCUAGGUGAAGGAGUGUCUUUGGAAGCUAAAUUGUUAAGCAGAAAAGAAGCUGCUCUGCGCCAAAGAGAGGCUGCACUCAAAGAGGCAAAACAGGCAAAAGAUGGAACUGAUGUUGAAAUUUCAUCACUGCGAUCAGCUGUAAAGAAUGCAAAGAGUGAAGCAGAAGCAGCAGCUGAUCAGCUUCGGGAAGCUGAAUUGGAAGUCAAAGGUCUUCAAUCAAUGACACAGAGAAUGGUCCUGACACAAAGUGAAAUGGAGGAAGUUGUGCUUAAAAGGUGUUGGCUUGCACGUUAUUGGGGUCUAGCUGUGAAGUAUGAUAUCUGUUCUGAUAUUGCUGUUGGGAAGUAUGAAUACUGGUCAUCAUUAGCACCUCUUCCUUUUGAAGUUGUCCUUUCGGCUGGACAAAAGGCUAAGGAGACAUCCUUGGACAAAGGCGAUUCUGACCCAGAGCGAGGAAAACUAGUUCAGGACUUCAAUGAUCUCACAGGAGAAGGAAAUAUUGAGAGUAUGCUCGCUGUAGAAAAGGGGUUGAAGGAGCUUGUUUCUUUGAAGGUUGAAGAUGCCAUUGUGCUUUCAUUGGCUCAAACAAGGCGUCCAAAUUCUUCCAGGAUAUCUUUUUCAGAUAUCAAGUCACCAGGGGACCCGAAGUUUAUGGAAGCAUUUGAAUUGAGUCCCGAGGAAUCUGAGGAUGUCCUUUUCAAGGAGGCUUGGCUUACUUACUUCUGGAAGAGAGCGAAAGCGCACGGGAUUGAGGAGGAAAUAGCUGAAAAAAGAGUUAAAUUUUGGAUAAGCCGCAGCGCCCACUCUCCAACGUCUCAUGAUGCUGUUGAUGUGGAGCAAGGGCUGAUGGAACUGAGGAAAUUAGAUAUCGAACAACGAUUAUGGGAGACAUCCCGCAAAGAGACAGACCAUAGCUCUUCCCUUCAAAAUGGUCCUAAAUCUGGGGAGCAACCAAAGAGAUCGGCUUGGUAG